AUAGUAGGAUAGAGAUAUUCCAGCAACCAAACAAGGGUUAAAUAAAUUUCUCUCGGUCUUUCUUCGAUCGGAUUGUGGACUUACCGACUCUGUCAUUCCGUCGGAGAUUGAUAAUAAUUCGCCAUGGGCAGAUCACAAUUGCUGUUGAUAGGUUUACCGAUUUUCUUGUUCUGUUCGGAUCUCUUCAACCUUUUCACUCCUCCGCCUCCCAAACCUCCGAGUCACCGUCCCAAUCAUCCACCGCACAUCCCUCACCAGCAGCCUCCGCCUGUUGUCGUUCCUGAUUUUCCUUCACAGAAGCAGGCAAGUGGCUUAGGAGGAGCAGUUGGAUAUGGAAACACUGUGGAGAUCAACUUCUGCGUCUCCUGUUCUUUCAAGGGAACUGCAGUGAAUAUGAAGAAGAUGUUAGAGACGGCUUUUCCCGGUUUAGAUGUGGUUCUUGCGAACUACCCACCACCACCACCAAAGCGUCUUCUAGCUAAGGUUGUCCCCGUUGCUCAGAUGGGAGUUAUUGGGAUGAUAGUUGCGGGUGAUCGUGUCUUUCCCAUGAUUGGUAUUGCGCAUCCACCCGCAUGGUUCAACUCCUUGAGGGCCAAUAGGUUUGGAUCCAUGGCUUCCACUUGGCUUAUCGGUAACUUUCUCCAGUCUUACCUUCAAAGCUCAGGCGCCUUUGAAGUUCUCUGCAACGGGGAACUGGUGUUCUCUAAGUUGAAAGAGGGUAGAUUCCCGGGAGAGAUCGAGCUGAGAGAUCUCAUCAGUAAAACUUUGACAAAACCUAGCAUGGUUGCAGGUAGCUUACUGAAGUAGUUUCAUCAGAAGAAGAUGGGUGUUUCGAUCUCUUGUGCCGAAAAAAAGCAAACGUUGUGUUUUUAGUUAACAUCAUGCUUUGAACAUUCCUGGUUUGUCUGAUGAUGAUGAUGUAGCAGUCAUACUUUGGUUUAGUUUAAAACUAUACGCUUUGAUUCA